AUGGGGGAGAACCUCACUCAGCAAACGCAGCCCCGGAGCCGGGCCGCUGUGGCGUUCAAGACGGAGGGUCAGCGCUGUUACCGGGAGAAGAAGUUCCGGGAAGCCAUUGCCUGCCUGCUGCAGUCGGAGCUGGUGAACUAUGAGCGGGUGCGCGAGUACUGUCUCAAGGUGCUGGAGAAGCAGCAGGGCAACUUCAAGGCCACCUACCGCGCUGGCAUCGCCUUCUACCAUCUGGGUGACUAUGCGCACGCCUUGCGCUACCUGCAGGAGGCCCGAAACCGGGAGCCCACAGACACUAAUGUCCUACGCUACAUCCAGUUGACCCAGCUGAAGAUGAGCCGGUGCAGCCUGCAGAGGGAAGACAGUGGGGCCCAGCCGCGGGAUGUCAUUGGCUGAGGCCAGCCUAUGGGGACUGUCCCUACCCCCACUCUCUCCCAUCUCACUGUGUAACUUUCCUGACUCGUGUGUUGGCUAGUAAAGCACUUAUCAUAA